AGACAUGGGUGAAAACGCUACGUUGUCAGCUCCAGCUUCCCAACACAAUCCUUGGGAUGAUGCUAUUUGGAUUCUUACAUGUUCCUUCAUCAUUUUCACCAUGCAGUCGGGUUUUGGAUUGCUGGAGUCAGGAAUGGUUUCUCGUAAACACGAAAUUAAUAUUUUAGUAAAGAACAUUGCGGAUGUGUUAUUUGGUGGUUUAGCCUUUUGGAUGUUUGGUUAUGCCUUUAGCUAUGGAAACGCAAAGGGAUCAAAUCAGUUCAUAGGACUUGGGAAUUUUUUCCUGGACGUUGAUGGCGAAGAUAUGGGAUGGAUUUAUUCCCGAUUUUUCUUUCAAGCAUCAUUUUCAACGACCGCUACAACAAUAGUUUCCGGAGCUAUGGCAGAGCGAGUCAAACUAGAGGCCUACUGCCUUUUUUCUUUCUUAAACACGAUCAUUUUCUGUUUGCCAGCACAUUGGUUGUGGUCGGAGAACGGCUGGCUUUAUAUACUUGGCGCGUUUGAUGAAGCUGGUGCGUGUACGGUUCACUUGGUUGGCGGACUGACCGGACUAGUAGCGACUAUUAUUUUGAAGCCCCGUUCGGGACGAUUUGAAAAUGAAAAUGAUGAUACAGAACAGGUCGAUACCUCUGAAAUGGGAGCCCCAGCUACUUCUCUGCUUGGUCUUUUCAUGUUAUGGUGGGGAUGGCUUGCAUUGAACUGUGGCAGUACCUUUGGAGUCACCGACGGCAAGUGGAAGAUUGCGGCAAGGGCAGCCGUCAUGACGAUCAAUGCUUCGAUAGGUGGCGGAAUAACAGCAAUUAUUCUAAGUUACGUUACCAAAAAUCGUAAAUUCGAUGUGAAGUUCCUUAUCCGUGGUGUUCUUGGUUCUUUAGUUAGUAUAUCAGCGUUUUGUGGCUGGGCUCAACCAUGGGAGACCAUCUUCAUCGGUGCAAUAGGUGCAAUCAUAGCUUGCUAUGGAGUCAGAGUCUUAGACAAGAUGAAGAUCGAUGACCCCAUUGGAAGUAUUUCUAUCCAUAUGUUCCCUGCAAUCUGGGCCAUGAUCGCAACUGGGCUUCUACUAGAGCCCAAUCUUGGUGCAACCAAGCUCAAGGGCGGCGUCUUCAAAACUGGAAAUUUUCUUUUCCUUGGUGUCCAGUUGCUUGCUGUACUCGUGGUGAUGUUGUGGUGUGGUGCUAUGGCACUGGUUAUCUUAUUCCUCAUCAACAAAUCGAUCGGAUUGAGAGUAUCGUACCAGGAAGAGGUACUCGGGGCAGACAUAGUUGAACAUUCAAUCGGUGGUUACUCUAAAGGCAGAAGAGGAGGAGUGUCUCAGGCCAAUCCUCGAGUCGUCAAUAAUGACCAAAAUGUUGAAGCAAACUUCGAGACUAUCAUGAACAAUCUGGAUCAUCUGCGUAAGAUUGCUGAUAUGCAUAUGAAGCACGAGAAUGAAGAAGACGCUAACAGCAUCAGCAGUCAAUCCAGGAAAACUUCGAAAAGUCCAGAUGAAUUUUCUGACGAGGAAUUCGAAGAACCAAUCGUCCCGCCACGUAGAGUUAGGUUCGUUUAUGAAUAAACCUUUUGGCCGAAGAAAAAAUUGAACGCAUUGUAGAGCCCCCUUAAAACUUGCCAGAAAACUCUCAACAUUUGGACUCAGUUUACGGACCACUCCAGGUCAGAUGCGGCAUUGUCUUGUGUUUUGGGUAGCUUUGCACUGAUUGGUCUAAGUAGGUUUUUGGCAGUACAAACGGAGAGAGGCUACCCAACUCCCUAGUUAUGACACCCAAUACUUGUCAGAGUGGCACGAAAUCAUUGGGCUUGCAGAACUGAUGGAAAAAAGCACCCAACUCAUGGGGAGGGUAACAAGUGUGAGCUGCUUGAUGGGAAGGUUAACAAGAACACACAGCCUCAUGAGAAAGCUAAUGAGUGCGAGCUGCCUAAUGGAAAGGUUAUGAAUGCACUGCCUAUAAAUGAAAAAUAAUUAUAAUUUAUAGGGAAGAAACAUUUUAAAAAGAUCUUUGCUUCAUUUCCAAAUGGUAGAA